AUCAAUAAUUGGAUUUUUAUUCUCUUGCAGUGGGAUCGUCCUAUGAGGGUGUCGUCUUACUUCAGCGUCUGUGAUAUUGCUAACACGAUUGAGGAACCAAAGAACUGGUUAAUAACAAAGUUCAUUAACAUCAAGAAUGCUGCACGACUCGAUGUUGAAGUGACCUAUAUCCUCCUUAACUGCUCCUUAGCUGACGUGGGGCCAUUCUGCAGAACAAACUUCUCCCUGUAUUCUUAUCAUACUGAUUACAAAUUAAAUCCAGAUCCAAAACUACUAAAUUUCCACAAAGAAACUGUUAUAACUCUAAAAACUCUAUCUGCGCUUCGAGAGCGCGCAAAAAACAUAUUUUAUGGGUCAGUUUUAACAAAAGCAAAGGGAAUUUAUUUAGCGUUAUUAGACCAAGGAGCCUGCCUGGCAAUAACAAAAUUUGUUGUGAGAUAUCGUUUCUGCUCUGAAACGGUCCCUUCCAAAAUGGUUAGAUUUUCAAGAACAGUUGCUCCAGCAAAUGACAGCAAUUUAACCAAACAAGAAGGAGAAUGUGCAGAUCCUAACUCGAUUACGAAAAACAACAAAAAGUUAUUUGGCGUGUGCCUUAGUAAUGGGGAGUGGAACAUUACAGAUAACUUAGCCUGCCUUUGCAAUUAUGGCUAUGAAUUGACGAAUGGAUCUUUCACAUGCAAAGGUUAGUGCUGCACUUAAAAUCUGGAUUUGCCUCCGAAGCGUUGGGUCCAAAAUUUAAUCAUUUAAAUGGUUAAACAUCUAAAUGACCACCCCGUUUAUUCAUCGUUUGAUAAAAAGCUUAGAGAAGCUUCGAUGCAUAACUUACAUGAAAAUGGACCGUUUGGUCAUACAUGACAUGUUCAUAUAAAUUCAAGCGGUGGACGUAGAUAAAUAAAUCUAUAUUUAUGAGAAGUGCAGCUGUGCAGGGAGAUAAGUUGAAUUUCGACCUGGUCUACAAAGAAAAAAUCCAAAUUUUCGAGUUCAUAAAAAAAUACAGGUCUUCCAAUUCAUAAAUCCUGUCCCCCCCCCCAUUUGUCAAUUUUUGUCGGUCGAUUCUUCAUUUCCUUUUUUGGUUUUGCAAAAAUACGGGGUGUUGAUUUUAGCGUCUUCGUUUUCGGGUCUUUGUUUUCAUGUCUUGGUAUUUAGGUCUGAAAACCCCAGGUUAGAGGUUGCACUAAAUUUAGAGAUGCAUGUUAUUCAAAAACCUGAAUGACGGUCAUUAUGAGAGUCGUAAGGAGUGAAGACAAAAAGAAUUGUCUGGGUAACCAAGCCUCUGCUGAUGACUAUUGCCAAGGUUAUCAAAAUGUCAUAGACAGUAGUCAUUUGCAUGGCAAUAAUUUUUUGCCUAAAAAGCAGGUUAGAGGGUCAUUAUAUUGAUGUGUUCUGAACAGGAGAAUAUCAGUUGAUAUUCUUUUGGCUCUGAAGGAAAGGCAUGUUGAUGAAAUUUUACAUUGUUUCAUUUUAGAGUGUCAGAGAGGCUUCUAUAAGGAUUCUGUUGGUAAUGCAAAAUGUGUACCUUGUCCUGCAAAUUCAGCAUCUAAUACUGGCAGAGCUGGUUGCACGUGUAAAGAAGGUUACAGCAGAUCAUCUAAUAUGGCAGAUUGUGAAGGUAUACUUUAUAUAUAUAUAUAUAUAUAUAUAUAUAUAUAUAUAUAUAUAUAUAUAUAUAUAUAUAUAGGAAGUCUGCAAGUCGAUUUUCGCGUGGAACAGUGCUCAAUACGUUGAAGCAGAGCAGGAUAAAUAUUAUGAGAGGAAAAAAGGGACGUAACUACAUUUCCCGACAAGCCUGUUUCGUGAAUCGCUUCACUCUUCAGGGGUUUAAACCCUUGAAGAGUGAAGCGAUUCACGAAACAGGCUUGUCGGGAAAUGUAGUUACGUCCCUUUUUUCCUCUCAUAAUAUUUAUAUAUAUAUAUAUAUAUAUAUAUAUAUAUAUAUAUAUAUAUAUAUAUAUAUAUAUAUUAGUGUUUGGUCUUUUCCUAAUCAUUAUCGAUUCAUAAGAGUCCCAAGGCCUAAAGAGGAUCAUUUCGGUUUUGUCUAUGAAAAUUCAAAAUGUUCAAAGGAACAAAAGGCUCUUCAGUGUUACGUUCUACUUAAUGCUUAAAACAUCGAUCAGGAUAUAUGCGUAAUUCCUCCCACCACCAACACAACAACAGCAUAGUCUGUUUUGGCUAUGAGAGAAGUCUAUUUCCUAGAAUAAUAAAAUUGGAGCGAACGAGGAAGCGAAAUCUCUCUGCCACCUCACCUGAAAGGCCUUAACAAGAAACGGGUGGGUAGGCGAGAAAAACAACACCACUUGACAAAACACUGUUCAUGCUACUAGAGCACUAACAAAACUGAAACCAGGUACUAUAACCGAUAAAGAAUAGACAAAGGUGUGUCGCGUGGCAUGUGGCAAUUAAUCGCUUUGCGCAAUAGCUCCCAAAGAGGGAAUAUUGACCAACGGUUCGGUCAAGGGUAAUAUCCAGCCAUUAUGAUCGAACGAGCUUGGUCAAUAAAUGAUUUAUCGUAUCGGGUAAAAAUAUUUCGUUUUGAUAAGAAGCAAGAAUAACAUCUAUUUCCAGAGCCGAGAGAGAAAGACAUCUGUGUUUGUAGCACAAUAAACCCACGAGGGUUUUUUUAUGACUCUCUUCUGCCGUUUUUUGCGACUUCAUCGCCGACAUUGCCCAAAAAUAACCGCUCCAUGUACCUCUUCCUCUUGCGCAGGAUCAAACACAACGAUCCCUAACGGUUUCGGUAGCCAGACAGAACACGGGACUCGCCUCAUAUUACCUAUGGGUGCUGCCAGCGAUAUGAAAAAUGUUAUUAUGAUAAAGUAACCUACAUGUAUCAUGCGUGUAAAUGUCAGAAAGAAACCAGACUAGUGUAGCUAAGAACCUCUCUUGAUAGAAAAUCAUGCCCAAAUUAUUCUUGCUCCUAUAGAGGUGAAAGGGCAUGCUUCCCCUUGAAACUUUAAAAAAUACAGUCCUCUUUGAUGCCAUUUCCAACAUAUUGACCUGAUUGUUAUAUUUUUAACCCCUCAGUGAAAGCGGUCGGCUCUUAGUCCCUGUUUACAUUCUAGAUAAUGGUAUUUACUUUAGUGCGGGAAAUGAAAUGUUAAUCAUGAUAUGCAAUGAAGUCACAAAAUAUCAACAAGUCUACGUUCAUUUGUGUCUAAUUGCAGUGUCUUUUUAUUCACAUGUACAGUCAUGGUAAAAGUACUGAUUAACAUAACCAUGGUCAUCACCAGUGAAAGUUGUACUGAUGGGAAAUACGACAUAUUGUCAUUACUGACUAGACUCAAGGAAGUGGUAACCAUUUUUUUAGAGCAAUAUUUCUAUUUAUAUCUUUAUUUCUUUCUUCUAUUUCUGCCGUGGCACAUCGUACAGUUAAAAUUUUAGUUUUGGCUUUCGUUCGAUAAUGGCUGGCUAUCAAAAGAAAUAGAGACUUAUUUUAAUGAACUAGAAAAUUCCAAAUGAGCCUGUUAAGCACUUGCGUGGGCAUGCUAUGAACGUUUAUAAAAGAGGUUUUUCAUUACAAACUGGUAAUAUUCUAAAUUUUUUUGUCGGUGAACAUUCAUAUGUUUAUCUGAUUGUGUGUUUAAGGUGCUGGAUGAACUCCUCGAACUCCUGUUCAGUUUCACUUUUCUGUUCCUUCUUUAGAUGGAAGACGCUUUUGCUUGGAGAUUUGCAGGUUUCAAAAGUGUGCAGUUGAAAAGUAACAUCAGGUUUGUAAAUUGCCUGGAUCAGCAAAUGAAUUAUAAUUUUCCGGUUUCUGAGGCACUUCGCCUUGUAAUGACCCUCGUUUUUUUGUCUUAAUCAAGGUGUGAAGGUGUAACUUUUUACCUUGCACUCAUAAUCGAUUCCAAAGUAAAAGAGCAAGAUGUUAUAAUAGUACUUCGUAAUGCUUCCAGAGAUGGAAAGCUUGGAGACUUCACUGUGAGUGCUAUAAAAAGGACAAGAUUGCAAAUUGACUUCGAAACUGGAACUACUGAAGCAGGCACAAUAACGUCACCUGGCAGUAAGUUUUAAUCCUUCGAUACAAACAUCACAGUUCAUUGGUAGCAGAAAUCUUAGUCCAUGAUAUGCUUCAAUUGGAGUGGUUAAUCAUGGAAUGAGAUUUAAUCACUUUCAAGCGAAACACACACACACACACAUUAUGCACGCUGCACAAGUAUGUUCAGCAUCUAUUUGGAACAUUCUUCUUGUUUAUGGUAUCCAUGUUGAUGUACUUGGUUGUAUUGAUCUUUUAAAACAUCAUACAUAUACAUCUUAGAUCAUUCUUGUUAUGAGUAAUUAUUGUAAAUAUACACUUCUUGAUUUCUCCAGACUGCUUAGUCAUACUGAUUUGCAUACCAUAGAACUUUCCAGAAUAUUUUAUCAAGUCACGCAUUUACUAUGUAAUACUAUUCAAAAGGUUAUGUAAGCUUCUAGAAUGUUCCAGAACACUUUAUGAAUAUAUAUAAAGACUCGCCUAUGUAGUAGUAGGAGUAAUUGUUGUUGUCGGGUAGUGAGAUCGUGUCAGUGGUGAGCUAGAACAUGUGGUGGGCUUAAUUAAGUUUAUUAACGAUAAGUAUUGUACUGCUUCUAGGAGUCGCUCCUUGUUAAGAACAUUAUUCGCUGUUUAAUAAAGUAGUUUAGUUUGUGGGAUUGAGUGUUUUUCUGUGGGUUAGAUUGUAUCGUUACAUUCUGUAUAACACCACAAGAGCUAAGGGCUGCAGGGUGGGAAAGGGAUAUGCCCUUGGGUAGAGCGUGAUAAAAAGCUCAAACAAUAACUUGCGAGGCCUUUGUUUCUUAACUUCGAUCUGAGAAGUUAAUGGGCUAAAGUGGUAUUUCCUAUGGGAGGAAGGGUGCAAGAUCUCAUUCAAUAAAAAUCGAACGGUGUACGCUUCUCCGCUAAUAUUACAAAUAUCUAAUUUUUUUUUUUGCUACUGGAAGUAAAUGUCGCGAGAACAAUAGGCAUUUUGCCCGAUGCUCUGAUUUCGGCAGAUUGUAAGAAAUUUUUUAACACAAUCGUGACCAACUAGAUAAGAGAGCAAACAUUUGGACUCAAAAUCCAACGUAUAUUACUUUACUUAAAAUUCUCACAACACAUACAGCACAGUUAUGAUAGAGAAAUGAUCGUGAAAGGGCCUGCGCGUAAACUUAUAAACUGCAUACAGACUGCAUGAAUCCUAGAAAUAAGCCUUGAAGAGUAAAGAAAAAAGCUUUUAUCAAGUAGUUAACAACUGUAGUGCAGUUUAUAACAAAGAACUUUCAUUUGUUUGGUUGGCUCGUAAUUCAAAUUGCUUUUAAAACAUCUUAAAGAGUAAGUAAGGUUAGGGUAUGGGUGGAAAAAAAUACCUGUAAUUUGGUUCUCACACUUAGUUAAACCCCUUCUUUUAAGUAAUUUGUCACGAAUUAAAUAAAAAGUUAUGUGUAGAAAAAGGCAUCAUGACUAAAACGGUUAAGCGGAAGAUUGCCAUAAUUUAGUUUUAGGAGGCAUAUAUUUCAUACGUUGUUCAACUCUUGUAUUCAAGGUGCCACAGGGAUCACUGUUAGUGCAGUGGUUGGAUCAAUUGCCGCGCUGGCUGUUGCUGUUGGGAUAUUUGUCUUUUUCGUACGGAAGUGGAGAAAGAACUCAAAUGGUAAGAGUAGUAUUAAUGCCAACUCUAGCCCCCCCUAAAACAGUUUAUGUUUUUUAUAGCCUUUUUUAAAAAUAAGGUAUGUUACUGGAUUUCGAAACAGUUCUAAUAAAUCCCUUUAAAAAAAAGAUAUUACUGUCCAACACCGUUAUAUUAUAAAAGAUAUAAUGAAACUUUUUAACUGAAAAUUAAUACUCUCUAAACUUCUAAGAUUCCCUGAAACAAAGGUGGCAAAUGUGCGAUGAAAGAAAAUUAAAGAAAAUACAACUCAAAAUCCACUGCAAAUAACACUGAACAAAAAUGGAGUACGAGAAAGUGUCCAUAUCAAUUUUCAGUGUCAAGGUUUAAGUCUAUGUAGGCCAGAUUACUUGAUAUUGCGAAAUAACGCGCAACGCCCACAAAUACCAUAAAAUGUAGUUUGAGAAUCAGAAACAGUUACGUGGCAUGCCGACCAGAGUAUCACUGAAGCCUCUGAGUGUUUAGGUGAGGCUGGGUGAACACGAGAAAUCUCCUCUAUAAUCUGUUACCUCUAUGAAAUACACACAUAUCCAAAAAUUCAUGACCGUGAUUAUAUGUUCUCGUUUGAUCGGGUUAUAUAAUUCUAUGAUUUCAAUUAUAACCCUUGACCUAGUGACCACUUUCUACUGAAACUGACCAUGUGUAAAAUGAAAUAAAUGUCAGAAAACAUCAUUCUGCAUUGCCUUUGAAUUAUUUCUUACUUUCUCUUAAUAUAUUUUUCGAGUUGGUUUUUCUUUGCUAUCUUCUCACUGUACGUUUUUCAUGUUUUUCAUACUUUUUUCCUUUUUUAUCGUUUUAGAAACAAGAAGAAGAGAGAGGUGAGAUUUUUAGAACGAUAAAGUAUCGCCCAAUUUCAUGUCUUGUUUUUGAUACCAAUUGUAAAUUGUAUGCAACUGUGAAUUUCAAGCAUGGAUUAUGAUAGUUACGCUUAGAGCAGGAGCUUCAUCUAAAGUCAAUUUCCCAGAGCAUCCGUAACGUAAUGUCGUUAAGACUACUCACGAGACCUUUUGUGAAUGGACUAUUCAGAGAUAAUUAUCUUUCCUUAGAGCUAGUCCACUCAAUGAAAGGCACAGAUGCCUGGUUCCUAAUCUUUAUGAAACCUUUUUUGAGUCAGUGCAGCAGCGCAAAAUGUGACAUGUUGUCACUAAUCCUUUCAUGACUAAUACUUAUAGAGUGCCUAAAUGUGUGCUUUCCUAGUUGAACAAAUCGUCAACGUGCUUCUUCCGAUUGAAUCGGAUGCGACUGAAAACGUGAUUUUCUUUUUUACUUUUAGGACAAACAGAGAUCCAAUUGAGGAAAUAGAGAAUGUUUUUGUAAGUCGCUUUAAGAUUUAACUCUUAACCUUAUUGUGGUAUAAUACGGUAUAUCAUUUUUUUGUCAAGAGGGCACGGUAACGAAUCCUUUAAUCUGAUUGGUUCUUAGCACAGUCCGGAUUUUCCUACCUCUGCCGAUGGACACAGUAACGCUUUCGUGGUUCGCGGAGUAUAUUCCUAGCUUCAUUGCAAUUUUUUUCAUAAAUGUAUGAUGUUUUAUCGGCUGGGCAGCAUUUUUAAGCGCGGAUUUCGGUCACAAUCUUAAGCCCUAAAUUUAUCAAUAAUUAUUUGCUUCCUUGUUCUCAAAUCAAUUUGUUCGUUUGGAUUACUGUUCCAAAGUUUGCAUAGAAGUCUUCUAAUUCACCGUUAUCAUUACGCAAAUAGAAAUGUUUUGGUUAAGCGUAAAUCUUUAAUUUAUUUCCUUCACCUUUUACUCGCUGAGACAUUGUUUAGUUUAUGGAGGAUCUUCCCAUAAUUACAAGCACCUUUGGGUUUAAGGAAAAAACGAAAAUGUUAUAUACUAGCUUUGUUCGGUCCUUAUUGGGAAAGCCUGUGCCCUCUGUCUUGACAAAGAGCUUGAGGAUAACAUGUCUGUACUUUGACAGAUAUUGGUGAUCUAAGUUUACGUCAUUCUCCAUUUCAAUUGCGUAACUACCAAACAAAAAAACUUUUAAUAACAUGGCUGGAGCUUUAUUCCCUUUCUUAAGUGCGAUACGUUUUGUGUCUUUGAAUAAAAUGUACCUUGCUGACAAAUUCAUUCACAUUUGAUAAAAUCAUUUCUUACCAGCGGCGGUUUGUCUUUUAUCUUCACUUAUUCCGUGUUCGUAUCUGUACCACCCUCGCUCUGCAAUAAUAUUAUUUUAUAAAAUGCUUCUCCAGUACAUUGUACCACUCAGAGACGAAGCUAACACCACCACAAAUCAGAACGAUCAUCAGUGUAAUCUGUAGGAAACAGAAGAAUAAAAUUGAAAGUUUAAUACGAGCCAGCACCCUUAUAUUAUUAUUUUUUAAUUUUUUACUAUUGCACUUCUAGUAGUAACUCCGAAAGAAUGGAAGAUAGUGCCAUAAGUGGCUAUGAAAUUCCUACAGGAAACAGCUGAAGAAAAUUUAAAAUUUAAUACGAGCCAGCACAUUUUAUUUUUCUUCUUUUAUAUAAUUAUAAUGAUGAUAUUAUGCAACACAUUCGAAAGAAAACUUUGACAUGAACCACGGAAUGAAAAAGAAGGUAGAUUUGAAAAACGUUCCGCUGUAGCCCUAGUUAAUGAUUCCUUUUAUUAUUUUAAACUCAAAAGACUGAACUUGAGAUGGCGGAAGCUUCUCAAAGCCACCAGUAUAUGGCAUUGGAUGAGAGGAAUCGGUCACCGGCGAACUGUCCACAACCGAGCCAGUCCGUCACUGAAUACACCUCUACAUAUUCAUCACCACGCUGUUGGGAGAUUCCUACAGAGCAUGUGACUCUAGAAAAGGUCGUUGGUAAAGGGGCUUUUGGUCAGGUUGCCAAGGCAACAGUCAUAGGCCUUCAGGGGAAACCAACGAAGACACUUGUGGCUGUUAAGAUGUUGAAAGGUAUCAAUUACUUCAAAUAAUAGGAUGUGUUUCAGUGAAAUUCCAACGGUAACACUCCCCUGGAAAGACUUAGCCCUAGGCAGGUAGCCUAAGAUUCAGAAAAGAUUCAGCCUUCUUCUCAAUCCUGAAGGUAGCAAAGCAAGCCUAAUCUCCCCUCCCCCCAGCCCUUCCUAAAUGGGGAGAGUAAGGUUCAUUUAGCAGUAGUACAAUCAGCGGUCAACUAAACGUACCUCAGUUAGUUGAUCAGGAUCGUGAGACAAUUUAAAACCAGCUACCAAACAGACCAUGCAUAGAUAUGGACGUGAUCCUCGUAGUUAUGAACAUUAUUAAAGUAGUAGUGAAAAUAACGUCUGAAAAAAGUUCAGGCCUGUUCGGGCCUUAUUUUCUCUUCUACUUAAGCAGUGUUCAUAACUGCGAGGAUCGAUUCCAUAUCCAGAUCGUUUCCUCAAACGUAGUUCCCUUGUAUGAUUUUCAUAUAUUUACAGUCAUUUAUAGACCAUGAAUGAGUUGACCAGACCUGCGUAAUCGAGACAUGACACGACAAGCUUCUCACGUGGCCUUAGCAUGAAACUUGCUGGUGCAGCGCCCUCUGAUAUCAGAAGCCGUACAAUUUUCUUUCAAAUUUAUCAGAACUAUAUCUUUUCCUGCAAGAACAUAACGACAGAGACGUUUAUUUGUAGAGAAUUAAAUUCUCGCCAACAAUCGACACUCCUCCCUCCCACCUUUUCAAAAGUAGCAAACCUCUGUUUUUCCGAAUUCAAAUUAACAUAAGGGUGGUCCCUUUCAACAUUAAACCUCAGCGGGAAAAGGAAAAAUGUCUUUGCUAAGCGUAUGCCUCUUAGCAAUUGUUUGGUAGAAAUCGUACGCUAAUUAAAUUCAAUAUCAUUAAAGCAUGGUGAUACUGGUAUAGCAGUGGAAUGAAGGGUUUUGUUGUUAUAUUUGACGACUGAGAAUGAUGUUUGAAAUUUAUAGAAAUUUAUAUUUACUUGCAGAGUAUUACAGUAUUGUGAUUUUAGAUAGGAUGUUCAAUCACUAAACAACACGGAGCUCAAAGUUCGGAAGGAAAUGUGCCACUUAUUUUGAUUCAGCAAGUCAGAGAAUAUCAACUGAUAUUUUCUGAGGUCCAGUUACUGAUAUUGCUUGUAAAGGUAACAGCUGAUGGGUGAUCAUCUUGCAGAUCACGCUUCUGAGUCGGACAGGAAGGACUUGUUGUCCGAACUUCGAUUGAUGAAGGAACUCGAUGCUCAUCCUCAUGUUAUUAAACUUCUAGGAUGUGUCACGAAAUCUGGUAAAUAUGGAAAAGUAUAAUUUAAUCGCCCAAACAGCCAAAACAAAGAGCAGAUCUAGGGCUUAAUAUAAGCAUAUUUCCCUGUUUACCAUGCUUUUCAGGGCCCUUGAUGGUGUUGAUUGAAUACGUACCCUAUGGAGAUCUACUGGGAUACCUCAGAAAGAGUCGUGGAUUAAAUGAUACUUACUUCGAAGACCCGGAUAUCAAACCACAAAGUAAUCUGGCGUCAGAGCAGCUGAUGAAGUUUGCGUGGCAAGUUGCCGAUGGAAUGUCGUAUUUGUCAUCGAUACCAGUAAGUAGGAACGCAAUCUCUAGUUACUGAACUGUUUCUUUGGCAUAUGUUGCUGAAAUAUGACAUAAGUCAUUACUUUUCAUUCUUUUCGUUGAAUUAUUCUGGACCCCUCAAUUCAUUAACAUUAAUGAUUUGAUUUUAUUUGUCGUAGAUUAUCCAUCGAGACCUUGCAGCUCGUAAUGUGCUGGUUGGAAAAAGAGAAACGUGCAAAGUAACAGACUUUGGUAUGGCCAGAGACGUCAAAGAGGAGAGCAUUUAUCAACGGAAGUCUAAGGUACCGAAUUUGUUCUCUUAGCUAGAGAUCUGUGAACAGUCUGCUAUGGGUGAAGUUGUACUUGUCCUUGAUCAUGAUCUUUUCCUCAGUUUUGUCGAUCAAUUCUAUGUGUUUUUAAUUUAGGGACGUCUUCCCGUUAAAUGGACUGCCAUUGAGGCAUUGCUGUACGGAAAAUAUUCUACAAAGAGUGAUGUGUGAGUACAAGGGCUUCAUAAGGUCCAUAAGCAAAUUGGGUAAAGUGAUUGGAUGUCUAAUGUAUGUUAUGCUUCGUAUUUCUUAAAAUUGAUGUGGAGAUGUGGAGGCAUCCUAUUUAGAAGGGGUGGUAAUACCCUUUCUGGCUUUGAGUUAUAAGUUACGGUCCAGGUCCCGCUCCUAUUACAAGUCUAGUGUGCUUCCCACGGUGUUUUACCGAAGAUAUUUAAUUCACCUUUUUUUUAACAGUACGGACCAGAACGUUUAUUUCCUUUAAUGCAUCUCGUUUAUUUUACAGAUGGAGCUACGGAGUUCUCCUCUAUGAGAUCUUCACGAUUGGUAGGUCGCGAGAUUAAUAACCAGACCAUUAACUUUAGCGUCAACGUGUCAACGAAAGUGGCAUUUGUGUUGACUCGUGGUCAUGAAGUAAGCAUGGUGUACCAUUCUCUGAGGACUUCAGUUUUGCCUUUGUGUUUUGUACCUGCCAGGCCACCUUAGAUUGCCUCAGUCGCUGAACUUAUUGGAAAAAAACAAACAAACAAACAAACAAACUAGGAACAAUGAUACAGGAAUUAUAUUGUAAAAAUAUAUUUACAAGUGUCAGGCCCUUGAAGUGUAUUUAGAGUACCCGCUUUAUUUUAGGUGGUUCACCGUAUCCAGGGAAGGAUGCAAAAAAAAUGGCAAAGUUGCUAGAGAGGGGAUACAGAAUGCCUAAACCACAACAUGUGGAUGAGAAGUUGUAUGAAAAGAUUGUGUUGUUGUUGUUGUUGUUUUCUUUGUACGUUCUCGGUAACAUUAUAGCGGUAACAUUUAUUUGAAAAGUUCUUCUCGUGAAAGUUGCGUGUGCAGCUCAAAAUUAAACCUGUUUUUCUUCCUGAAUGAGCUUACCUAGGGGAAAUAUUGGAAUGAGUCAAUGAUCACGAGUUUGUCUCUUGUGUUCAGUAAAGAAAGGAACAAACUUUCCUACUGUAUAUUGCAACAUUUUGUGCAUAACAACAUCCUAUCUGAGGGCAAUAAGAACGUAUACUGAUAUAUCCUUAACGUCUUUGUGUUUCAGGUAUGACAUAAUGACAAACUGUUGGAAAGACGACCCUAACUUGAGACCAUCUUUUGAAAAUCUGAGGAAAGAACUCAAAGAAAUGGAAAACCAGCACAAGGUAGAUUUGUAGAGCUAAUUUUGAUCGUUUUAAGUUCCAUCUGGCUUACGCAGGGUGACUUAAAAACGCAGAAUAUCGUCUACUUCAGGGUAGCAGAUUUUGGAUAUUAUAGUUUAUUAUGAAAAUUACGGAAGUUUCGAAGCUACUUUACCUAAAUAUGAGGUAACAAUGAUAUAACAGGAUUCCACCCAGUGUCCUUGCACAAGUUCCAAAGCUUGUUCACAAAACACGGAAGCGGAGUAUGUUUUGUUCAUAGAAUGAAAACCCAAAGUAAAUGCAAAGUUGUAUUGAGUUAAUACCAGUGUAGUGCUUCGAACCUUUCGUUUAGUCUCCAGAGAGGUACACUACAAUAUUCCUUAGCUUUUUCUUUAUUCUUUUCUGAUAUCGAAAUUUAGAAUCUACCACUGUCAAAUGCAUGUAAUAAUCGUGUGACUACGAGGUGUUCGAGCGUUGCAGGUCUAUUUUAUUUUCGUUAUUUCCAAGUAUAUUUUCAUCAUCAACACGCUCUUUACGAAGGACGAAAAGUCAGUCAACACUUUUUUUUCUGCAGGGGCUGAUAAACUUAAGCAAUUACGACGAUCGACUCUACGUUAAUGUUGACGAUCUUGCUGUGUAA